AGUAGAUCCAUCCUCGCACUGCUUCUCCUCAUCUUCUAGACAAUCAUCCCCACUUCUCUUUGCCCGCAACCUGACCUCUAGCAUCACUCUCCUCUUCACCUGCUCGGGCCGCCAAUCUCUUCACAAAAUGGCCCAAGAUCCCAGAGUUCUGCUCCAACGAGCCGACAAAGCGCUUAGCAGCGCAUCUGGUGGCUUCAGCUUCUUCGGUGGAAGGACAGAGAAGUACGAGAAUGCGGCUGAUCUCUACACACAAGCUGCGAACGCCUUCCGAGUGCAGAAGCAGAACAAGGAAGCUGGUCUUGCCUUCGAAAAGGCUGCCUCCAUUCAGACCCAGAACCUUAACGAGCCCGACGAUGCAGCAAACACCCUGACUGAAGCGUUCAAGGUCUACCGCAAAUCCGACCCCGAGGACGCCGCUCGCGUGCUCUCCAGUGCCAUCCAACACUACGUGCUAAAGGGUAACCUCCGUCGCGCGGCCACGCAACAGCAACAUCUGGCCGAGGUCUAUGAGGUGGAACUGGGAGAUACGAAGAAGGCGCUGGAAGCCUACGAGAAAGCGGCGGAGUGGUUCGACGGUGACAAUGCUGAAGCACUUGCCAACAAGCACUACCUUAAGGCAGCGGACCUGGCCGCUCUCGAAGGCGACUACUACAAGGCUAUUGAGCACUACGAGCGGAUCGGCCGCUCAUCAAUCAAUAACAACCUGAUGAAAUGGUCCGUUAAGGACUACUUCCUCAAGGCUGGCAUCUGCCACUUGGCGACGAAUGACCUGGUGGCCGCCAACCGCGCCCUCGAAAACUACCGCGACAUCGACACCACCUUCGCCUCGACAAGAGAGCACCAGCUCCUCGUCGACCUGAUCCAGACCAUCGAAGCCGGCGACCAGGAAGCAUUCGCCGACAAGCUGUUCCAAUUCGACCAGCUCAGCAAGUUGGACAAGUGGAAGACAACUCUUCUGUUGCGGAUCAAGAACAGUAUCGAGGAGCAGGGCGAGGAUUUCUCUUAGACUUAUUCUUUUCUAUUCUAUUCCCAGCAACAAUAUCAUCGUUUUUCUGGUUCACUUCGAUAUGUUCAUCCAUUCGCUUGUUGUUGGUGGAUUAGUUAACUAGGCAGACGUUAUAUGUUCCCUACCCUUACCCCGUUGGCUGGUCCCAUGGUAGAUGGAUGCUGUGCCAUCGUAUAAUUGCUUGAGGUCUGUCUUUCGUGCAAAUAUACAUGGUGCCCUUGCCUGUCCUUUUCCUGUUCCGUCUUGUUUUGCUUAUUAAACCGCCCUACCAUAUUUCAUUGUUCACAUUCAGGUUACACACAUAGAUGCGUGGCCUGCCUUAUUGACAGAUAUCGAUAUUCGUGAAUGAACAAAAUUGCCACCUCGAC